GAACCCCGUCCUCGAAGCGUUGUUGUGAAUCCAAUAUGGCGAUAUUUGAUGUUGUGCUAUUUUAAAGAAGUGCACAUGUUUUCAUACAAAUGGGAGUUAAAUAGAAGAAUUAAACGGUGCAAUAAAGUAGCGCCUAAUAAUUGAGUCACUAUUUGAAUACAUAGUGGAAAGAGCGUUGACUAUAAUGACUGACACGAGAAGAAGAGUAAAGCUUUACGCUUUGAACGCUGACCGGCAAUGGGACGACAGGGGCACAGGGCACGUCUCCUCGUGUUACGUGGACAGACUCAAGGGCACCUCACUACUUGUGAGGGCAGAGUCUGAUGGAUCUCUUCUUUUAGAAAGCAAAAUUCAACCAGACACAGCCUACCAGAAGCAACAAGACACACUAAUAGUAUGGUCAGAAGGUGACAAUUUUGACUUAGCAUUAAGUUUUCAAGAAAAAGCUGGAUGUGAUGAAAUAUGGGAGAAGAUCUGCCAGGUUCAAGGAAAAGAUCCAUCAGUUGAAAUCACACAAGAUAUUGUAGAAGAAUCUGAAGAUGAGCGUUUUGAUGAGAUGUCAGACAGUGUCCAACCUGUGGAACUUCCACUGUGUGAAAUGGGAAGACUGGAAGACAUAAGCGAGUUGGUCAACAGCUGCUUGGUCUCACCAGCUCGUAAAGACAAAUUGGCCGCUGCUUUAGAAUCCCAGCACUAUAUAAAGAAAUUACUCAAUCUCUUCCAUAUGUGUGAAGACAUAGAAAACAUUGAGGGCUUACAUCAUCUCUAUGAGAUAUUCAAAAGCAUAUUCCUUCUCAAUAAAAACACUUUGUUUGACACAAUGUUUGCAGAUGACACUAUAUUUGAUGUGGUUGGCUGUCUGGAGUAUGACCCGAGUCUACCACAGCCCAAAAAACAUAGAGAAUAUCUGCGGGAGCUAGCAAAAUUUAGAGAGGCCAUUCCUAUUAAAAAUCUGGAUUUGCUGGCAAAGAUACAUCAAACAUACAGAGUUCAAUACAUCCAGGACAUUGUUUUACCCACUCCCACAGUCUUCGAGGAUAAUCUGCUUAGCACAUUAUCUAGUUUUAUAUUUUUUAAUAAAGUAGAAAUAGUGAAACUCAUAGAGGAAGAUGACAGAUUUCUGACAGAUUUGUUUAAGUUGCUGAUGGAUGAUAAGACACCAAACCCGAAGAGGAGAGAUUUAGUUUUAUUUCUAAAAGAGUUUUGCAAUUUUUCGCAAAACCUUCAGCCGCAAGAUAAAGAUGCGUUUUAUAAAACGUUAGUUUCAUUGGGGAUCCUGCCAGCGUUAGAAAUUACAUUAGGUAUAGAUGAUCAGAAGACCAAGACUGGGUCUAUAGAUAUAUUAACUUAUAUUGUGGAAUUCUCGCCCUCCGUAGUGAGGGAUUACACUUUACAGCAAGCUAACAACACAGAAGAGGAGCACAUGCUGCUUAAUAUAGUGAUUGAACAGAUGCUCCGCGACCGUGACCCUGAACUAGGAGGUGCUGUGCAGCUGAUGGGGGUCUUACGUAUCCUCCUGGACCCGGAGAGCAUGCUCGCUUCGGUCAAUAAGAGUGAAAAAGCGGACUUCCUAAACUUUUUCUACAAACACAGUAUACAGACACUUAUAGCACCAUUACUACAGAACACAACGGGUGAGAAACCCCUGAGGGAAGACUACCACACUGUGCAGCUACUGGGGCUCGUCCUAGAAUUGCUCUCGUUCUGUGUGGAGCAUCACACUUAUCACAUUAAAACUUGCAUAUUGAACAAGGAUCUCCUUCGCCGCAUACUGGUACUUAUGCGAUCAACACACACCUUCCUAGUGCUGGGUGCUCUCAGAUUCAUGCGCAAAAUCACGGCGCUGAAGGACGAAUAUUACAAUCGUUACAUCAUCAAGGGAAAUCUCUUUGCGCCAGUCAUAGACGCGUUCCUUAGAAAUAAUGGCAGGUAUAACUUACUCGACUCUGCUAUACUAGAAUUGUUUGAGUUCAUUAAACUGGAGGACAUCAAGUCGCUCUGUUCACACGUCGUCGAAAACUACGGCAAGAUUUUAGAAGACGUGGAAUAUGUACAGACGUUUAAAGCGUUGAAGACGCGAUAUGAUCAGCAUCAGGAUAAACUAAAAGAGCGGGAUCGAGUGAGCGGGAGCGUCGGCGUCGCCGAGGCCGUGGUGCCGUCGCUGCUGCGCUCGCGUUACCGGCGCGAGGCGCGCGCGCCCGACGACGAGGAGGAGAUGUGGUUCAACGACGAGGACGAGCUCGACGACGAGCCGCCGCUGGAGCCCGCGCAGCCGCACCCCCACCCCCACCACGCGCUCGACGCCAUCGGUAAAAUAGUAGAAAAGAAAGUGUGCACGAGUACAGAGAGCGCAAACGGGCCGAGCAGAGUGCUCCUCAACACCGCAUCGCCCAAACCUGCGCACACCGACGUUCAGGUAUCCGAGCCCAGAUUACUCGAUAAGGGCCUCGUGGACUACGACGGCGACUCAGACGAAGAGGAGGAGGGCGCUGCGAGCGCCGGCGCCGACGAGCGCGACGCCAAGCGGCCGCGCCUCGCGUAGUGCGCCACCUCCAGGACACCACACCCUCCCCUCAGCUGCGCGUGCGCACCACCAGUGAUGCCGUAAGGAUGCACUAGUAUAGAGACAUGGGCCCAAGAGUAGCGGUUGUUAAAUGUGCGCCUGUCGGAUGCUUGCAGAUCGAGCGAGGCUAAGGCUACGUUCACACUUAUUUUCCCGUAUACCGUAUACUGGGUUUUAGUAUAGUGACAGCAAAAUUUUGUAUGACAACUUUCGAAGUUGUUCACACGGCGUCUAUGCGGAAAAACCGUCUAGAUGUGUGAACGAUGCCGAUCUAAACGAUGAACCUUGCCUACGGUGCGGCCGGAUCUGACGAACGCGCCGCGAAAGCGACUUUACAUAAAGCUGUGCGUAGUACGCGAUGUACAACGCUCGUGCGGUGCGCGAUUCGUAGAACGCGCUAGCGGUGCGUUCUCCCGAUCUGGACACACCUGAAUUGAUCGUGUAAAUAUGUUCGCUGCCAAAAACUCGCUGGAGCGUUUCGAUUUGUGUAGGAAUUGGGAAUUUGGCACCGGAAUAUCGUGACAUGCGGCGAUUUAUAAAAAAAUAUGGUGAUCGCAUAUACAUGUAAAUCUGCUAGGUGCCUGAUUUUAUGAGGGAGUAGUUUGUAUUGCGAGUUGGAGCUCGACUGAGAAAUAAAUAGUUAUUUGUUUUACAAAGGGGCAAAGGGAAACAAAUUUUUCACCACACAAACGCGGAGAAAACACUAACUGUAAAACAUCAAACCAAAUUACAAAGGAACGUUAUUAAAUAUUUAUCACUAAAAAUCAUCAUUUAAAAGUCAAUUCUACCAGCCAAGACAAGGAAACAACUAAAAACUUGCAUUAAAUUACUUUGCCACUCUUGUGACUCUCACGCAACUUUCUCAUCAGAUUUUGAACAAUCAAGCGAGUCUUUACGACCUAGUGUGGUGAAAAGUCAUUUUCACAAGGAACAAUCAGCUUUUAAUACCGAAGGCAGGAUUAACCUUCCAGAUUGCGUCAACAUUUAACCAAGCUCUAACUCUCAAUAUUAUGGCUACACCAUCGGCAAUGAUGGUCCAUUACAGAAUAGGCGACGAUUCCAUCGUGUGGGCACGCGCACAAUCAUGGCCGCCACUUCCUUUGAUGUUAUCCAUGGCAAUUUACUCCAUCAUCGCCGAUCAUGGACAACUGUAGGCCAUUAAGCCCUCCACACGAUCGGGAUCACCUGCAAUUGCCCAUCAUGGCCAAUGGUGUAGAGGAGCCAUUAAAGAGAUACUCUAUUAAAACUCUGUCUGUAGGCAUUUGGCAGAAGCUUCCUUUAAGCGGUCUUCACAUUGGAUCCGAAAUCGCACGUCGCUCCGGUGUGCGAUCGGGACAUCGCUAUAUACGUGCAUAGCGCUGUCACGCUCAUCCAGAGCGACGUGCGAAUUCACAUCAGUGUGAUACGUUAUGAUCCAUCGAGUAGAUAUAGAUAUCAGCGAACACGGACCAGUAGCCAUACUAUGAGUUGACACUUGACUCUAUCGCACCAAUAUAUCAGUGCGAGCAGAUAGACUGCGAUGGAGUUCACGCAGUCGCUAACGUUAAUGUCAAAUGCCAACUCGUGGUAGCCGUACUGGUUUAUUAUUUGGAGUGUUCGUAUGUAAGUGCCGUAGCCGUAUUGCGCCCAUGUAAAGUAGUAAAUCUAAUUAAUUAGCAUAUGAAAUCUUCAUACUAAUUAAAUUUAACUUCGAAUGGCAUCUCAGUGUUAGGAUGGUAUUACACCUGUCCAAUGUGUAUUUUGUCUCACAUUUUGCUUAAUGUGAGAGUGAAACGCAAUGAUAUUGGACAGAUGGGGUACCACCCUUAUGGAUGUUAUGUUUACCGUAUGUGGAGCAGGAAUUGUUUUGAUGGCCAGCGGGGCUGACUGUACUUGCAGCGUAGCCUUAUUUUAUACCAGAAUAGUGUAUUUGCGUUAACAUAAAGAGUAUGUUAGGCUGCAUUUCCACUGUGGCGCAGAUGAGAGGAGACGAGCGGGAAUCGAAUAGCAUUAGUUCUCGUAUCCGCUCCGCUGGAUUACAACUAAUGCUAUUGCUUGAUUUCCGCACGUCUCGUCUCCUCUCAUCUCCGCCUCAUUGGAAAGGCAGCCUUACGUCUAUGUAAUGGCGAUUAGCAAGUCUACUACGAGCAUGUCUAUCAUUAAAAUACUGAGUUUUCGGGUUAUGGAUUUGCUCGAUUCGAGCAAAAAUCUGAUAUUUUCACUAGUUGAAUCUGUUUGUGGGUAGUACGAACGGUAUACCUAGUUCUAAUACUGCGGUAAAAACUUUAAAUUAAAAUAGUAUGGCUGCCACCAGUUUGACACUGAAAUAUUCGCUAGCGUGUGCGUAAUUUACUUUCUAUGCAUCUCGCUCGUACUCGCAUAUUAGUACGAGCGAGAUGUAUAGACGUUAACGAAUAUAGUCAAACUAAGAAAAGUCUGCAGAGAUUUUGACAGCACACGCAGUGCAGGUGUUAUUUUAAACGUCAAACUUCUAUGAAAUUAUGACGUAUAAAUAACACUGGCACUGCGUGUGCUGUCAAGUUUGACACUGCUAAGGCUGUCGUGGUAAGGCUACAAAUCAUGAGUUCAUCAUGAGUUGCUGGCUUGAAAUGUUGAGACAUAGCUGUUAUAAUUUCUGACAGAUAUACUCGAUGUAGUUUAAAUUGUUGAAUUUGUAGCAAUUUUGGAAAUAAAUUAAAAUAUAAAUGCUACAAGAUAUAUAUAAAAUCAACCUUAUUAAAUAAAAUGCCACGGGUCUUCCCAGAUAUAUCGACGUGGAAUCGGCAAAAGCCGAUAGGAAAAACCUUUAUGUCUGCGCAAUAAGAGCGAAAAAUCGUCGUUCGGCUCGCGUCGGCCGACGCCUGCCGACGCAUCGACGGCUUUUUCGCUCUUAUUGCGCAGACAUAAAGGUUUUUCCUAUCGGCUUUUGCCGAUUCCGCGUCGAUAUAUAUAUUUGUGUCUCUUUAAGGCUGUACUCCCUUUUUGGCGAAAUUUAUUUCGCCUAAUUUCACUUGGCAACCAAUUUUUCGCCAAAGUUUCAUUUGACAAACCAAUCGUUGGCAUAACCUUACUUCGCAACCAUUUCAUUUCCCAACCCCAUAGUUGGGAAAUGGAAAUGACGUACUAGGUUGGGUUAGGUUAGGUUGGAUUAUGUAAAGUUGCGAAAUGAAAUUCGCCCAAAUGAGAUUUCUGCGAAAAGUUAGUUGGUAAGUGAAAUUCGGCAUAACAAUUUUCGGCGAAAAGGCAGAGAACCCUCUUUAAGGAUGUAGCAAAAACGUUCCUCGUGUAAACGCAAAUACUAUAGUCGUAGAAAUAUCGCUGCGCAACUUGAGUCUCCGUUGGAUACAUCAUUAUGUAACACAGUAACUCUAUAGUUACGGAGGGUCCUAGGUACUAAAAUACCAAGAAAUGCUUCCACACUGACACAUUUACAGUUUAGAACAAAUAUAUUUAAAGCGUAGGAUAACGUAUUUAAUGUGAAAUGUUUUUUUUUUGUUUAGAUCAUUUUUCUGAAGGUAUAAAAUCACAAAAGUACAAAGGAAAAACUGAAUGGUAUUUGGAUACAUAUUGAAUGUGGGAUGCAAGUGUAAAAGUGUAUGUAAAAAUUAUAGUUUACAAAUUACAUACAUACAUAUUUCCGUGAAUGAAGGCUAGUUUGCUUGUUUGUAACCAUUUGAUGUAAUGUGCAGCUCUCGACCAUUUUAUAUGAUUCAAAUGAUAAAGGUAACGAGGCUAAUUUGGCUAUGGGAUGGUACAGUCGUGAUAUAGACAUAUCGGAGCGGCCAAGGCGCUCACAAAUAUCUGAACACACAUCUAGAGUGUGUGUUUAAAUAUUUUUGGGCACCUCGGCCGCUCCGAUGAAUCUGUUGGCGACUGUGCCUUGAUUUUAAAUUAUUAUUUUCUUAUAGCCUUUUGUGGAAACUUACACCUGUGUAUAGCACUAAACACACAUUUGACACUUCUGUAUGAUGCUCGCCUGUGGCUCUUAUGAGGAUCGACCGCUUCUCCAUACAAACGUAGUCCCCAUUUUCCCCUCUGAAUAUUUUUACACGAUUUGAUGUAUUAAUUACCAUAGCUAUGCCCCUUCGUUUGACUUCUUUAUAUAUGAAUUGGGAGCGAAAAACAAAUUUUUGAAAACUAGUUCUUAUAGUAAUAAAAACAUGAAACAAGUCAAACGAAGGGCACAGCUGUGGUUAAUACACAUCAAAUUGCGCAAAAAUAUUUUCUAUAAUGUCAAUAAUAUUCAAAUAGGAAAAUGGAGACUACGUUUGUAUGGAGAGCGGUCGUCCCCUUUCGUUUUAACGCAACUCACUGUACUUGCGUUCUAUGACCUCUCUUAUAAACCUAUCCUACCUAUCCUAUCCUACCUAUCUAAAAUAUUAAAUUGGCGUACAGAAAGAGAAAAGGCAACCCCCCCUGCAUACAAAUUUCUGUAAAUUUGUAUGGACGUGGGGUACCUUUUCUCUGCAGCUGACUGUAUCACAAUCCACAAAAAGCUGUAAGAAGGAUAAACACUUUAGCUACAGUCACCUUAGACUAAGUUUUCAUUAUUUGGCAGAAAACCACAAACAUUUUGUUUUUACUCAAAUAAACUAUUAUAGUGGCCACUAUGAAAUACGUCAUUAGUUUAGUUGUCGGUUACGUAAUGGCUCCUCUACACCAUCGGCAAUGAUGGUCCAUUACAGAAUGGGCGACGAUUCCAUCUUGUGGGCACGCGCACAAUCACUUCGGUUGAUGUCUACCCGAAAACCGACAAAAUUACGAUUACGCGAUUACGCUCCAUCAUGGGCCAUUGUAGACCAUUAAGCCCUCCGCACGAUCGGGAUCACCAGUAAUUGCCCAUCAUGGCCAUUGGUGUAGAGCCAUAAGGAGGCAUUGGCCAAGGUGAAUGUUCAGUACGUGAUAUGGCCUUCAUAUUUUAAACAUCCAUUUUGUAAAUAUACAAGGAUUUAUUUAUUGUGAGGAUACUUUUAUUUUUAUAAAUUUAAUCUAAGGCGCUCAUUGUUGAGGGUACAGAAACUUAUUCGGUAUUAUUUGAGUCCGUCAAGCUAACUCUGCAGUGACUUGACUAGCGACAAAAUGUGGAUCGCCAUAAACGUCCACACUUUGUCCUUACAAGUUGUAAGGGGGCGCUCAGAGUUCUAAUGCAUAAGACCACACUAAGUUUUCAUGCCAAGUGCUACGUCAAGUAUGGAGAAUAUAUGCACUCUUACCUGCCAAGUUUAUGCAAAGCUAGCUUGGUCAAACUAUAAAUUUUUUAUUGCGUGGUUUAACAAUAGGUUCUAUUUAGUUAAAACAAUUUGACCACCUCGCUUAUUUGAAACGAAUUGAUCUACAGUUUUCCUUAAGCCCACUUGCACCGUCCCACUACCCCGGGGUUAAGCGGUUAAACCGUUAACCCAGUGUGAAAUUGUACUGGUAACCAUGGUAACUCCAGGUUUAACCGGUUAACCCCGGGUUAGUGGAAUGGUGCAAGUGGCGCUUACUGUCUUAUAUUUGGAAUUGGAAUUGAAAUCUAGUAUCCAUUAAUUUAUCAUUAGUUUAUGAAUGUUUGAGAAGAGGGCAACAUAUUAUGUGUCCUUUUUUUGGUAAAGGACACUAAGCUCGAAGAAUUUCGUACUAUCGGGGACAUUCGCGGUGAACCAGCUCAGAAAAAAAAAAACCUGAAUCCUUACGAGCGAGCUAAACUCCGCCUCCAUAGAGAUAUCCAAUUACGAUGCAUUUAGGGUUUUUUAUCAUAAUGAAAAGGGUAAUGAGACAAACAAUAGGUAGCAAGGACAGUUUGACAAGUUGUUGUUGUUUAGGCUAAGCUUCGCCUCCCCAUAAAGAACCAAUUAGGAUGCAUUUUGGAUUCCUUAUCUUAGCCACAAGAACAAUAGACGGCAAUAAACAUUACCUGAGCUAACCUUGUUUUUCAACACCCAGAUUUUUAAGUGUCAUGCUAUUGGUCAUCACUUUUAUGUUAUCGUCUGACCGUCUGCAAGGUGGUUCACCGCGAAUGUCCCCUCGCCUGUUUCUAAUUUCUAUCUCCAUCGCACGCGCAUAAUUAUAUUGCUGUUCCGCCGAUGAUGGCGGCAGUCAAUGCCACUGCGAGCGAGACAGCAUUAAAAUUAUGAUUUUUUAAAGCAAGAUAUAUUCUGCCUUGGGGGAGGCCUAUGUCCAGCAGUGGACGUCUAUCGGCUGACAUGAUGAUGAUGAUGAUGAAGAUAUAUUCUACAUAAAAUCUUGUCUUACUUCGCAAGAUGUUUCUAUUAUUUAGACGAUAUUAUGCAAAUGGGAACCAACUCACACCAAAUACUCGUUCAAAUGUUUACUUCAUUGUUAAAACAAGGUUCGAUUUUCAAUGAGUAUUUCGUGUGGGUUGGUUCCCGUUUGCAUAAAUAAGUCAAUUUUAUCUACGGUCUAGCACAUGAUUGGCGCGAGAGUAUCUCGCCGCGACAUGGACUACCCGUCCCCCCUUUAAUUCAUACGGUUAGUAAAAGACGGGUAGUCUAUCUCGCGGCGAGAUAAUGUCGCGUCAAUCAUGUGCUCGGCCUACUGGGGUCGUUUCAUUUUGCUUAAAAAAAUGUGGGACAUAAAUACACAUUGGACGUAGAUCUUGGGCAAGUGGAAUACCACCCUAAGUAAGACAACUGCAUGUUUGACAUCUUUCUUGCUUUGUUUAAAUUAUAUUGAAAAUUUGAAAUUGUAUACGAUUAUUUCUGUACUCUCAACGAAUUUUUUUUUUCAUGUCUGUUUACGGUGAUUGUAGGUUUUAUACAGCAGAAAGUAAUGUGUAUGUGAUAAUUGUAUCAGAUAGGUCCAUUUCGUUUUAUUACUGUUAACCUCUAGUUUUACGAUACGUGUUUUGUAAAUAAAAUUACUUUUUGUAAUGUACGUUAUCGUAACUGAUGAUCCGCGAUUGAAAAGGGAAAUAUCGAUUUCUUUGUUGAAAAAGGUUUUGGCAUAAUUUAGCCCCCAGUUGACAUGGUUAUAUUGGUUAUUGGCUAGUUAUUUUUAACCGGAAACAUCCAAUAAUGAAUGUAAAAAAAAAUCAAUUAUUUCGAUAUUGCAUGUUGUGUUAUAUAGAAAACCUUUCUUUAUUUAUAAAUUCUUUUAAGAGGCCGUAGUCGGUUUUGGAGCAAAAAUGUAAAAUUGAUAGAUUUAGUCGUUGAAAUUAUAUACGUUUUGUUACGUAAUAUCUAAAUAACAAGUAUUGAUUUCUAUUAGCACGUCUUCUCAUCUUGCCUUUUAAUAAUGAGGUCGCGAGCGUGCGUCACCGGUAAUGCAUGAAGAGAAGAGGCAGUUUUUAAAAAUUCAGCAAAAAAUCAUGGUGGUAAAUUAUACAAAUUGAUGUAUAAGAAUAGUUUCAGCAAAUGUUGUAGAUUGUUUAAGUAUCAAAAUUACGUUGAAAUUAAGUCAAUUUUCAGAGAAACUGUCACUUGUUUUGAAGUAAUUUCUGGAGGAAAUUGAUUUCGUCUAACUUUCAUUUACACUACUUCAAAGUCAUAAUAAUAAAAAUGUAGUCUGAUAAACGUCAAGUACAGGAUAUGUGUAAUACAAAAUUGCCAUGUUUAGCAGUCCAAACUUUAUGAAAUUUACAAAUAAGAGCGACAAAAUCAGUGCUUUACGCGCGUUUACCUAAACGUCCAUCAGAAAAGCAAACAUUACUAAUUUAGUGAGUCUGUUUUCAAAAAAUUUAUCUGAUAAAAGGUAAGAUAAGAAGACGUGCUAAUAGAAACCAGUACUUGUUAUUUCAAUUAGGUAGCAAAAGGUGUAAAAUUUCACGGACUAAAUCUAUCAAUUUUACAUUUUUGCGACUAAAAUCGACACCGGCCUCUUAACUAAUUAAAAAUUAAAGUUAAUAGCCAAUAGAGAAUAUUACGCGAAACUCUGCGUAGAGGGCGCCACUACCACAAUCUGAGGGUCUAUCGCGAAACAAGAAAAUCGAAAUUUCAUUAACAUCUCUCUCUUACAUAUUCAAGCGAUAAAAAGGCAGAUAGUGAAAUUUCGGAUUCGAGUUUCCCGGUAGGUCCUCUGUAAACAAACCGCCUUGAUGCAUCAAUGCUAUAUUUUAUUAUCUCGAAAAACUUGUCAAAAAACUGUUAAAGGCACAAUAUGUGUAAGUUACUCUAUGGUUUACUAAAGGGGCUAGUGCUGCACUCUGGUGGCAGAAUAUUGCAGUAAUACCCCUAUUGAAACAUUGGGGAUCAACAUAACAACCGUACAUCGACAAACGCCAUACGGAAAGUAAAAUAAAAAGGUAUCGGGUUGACAGUUGCUAUGAGAAGUCACGUGACUAUUUCUAUAGAUAGAUAGAUAGAUUAUUUAAGUUCGGAUUGGCGUUUUCUACUAACGAUUGUCAUGGUUAGGCCCCCAAUUCAGAUUGUUUUUUUUUGUCAGAUGUUGUUUUGUCAACUGGGGACUAGUUAUUGGUCGGUGCUGUGUUCCGAAGAAAACCUUAAAAGACGUCAAUAAGAUCUCAUCUGAUUAUUUUGCCGUAUCUGUCAAUCCUUAGACACAAGAAUUUCAUCGAUAGUACCACGUCCUUUUGCAUGAACAUUUCGUCAUGAUAUGAUUCGUUAAAAAAAAUGCUUCUCUCCGGAACACAGCUGUUUUCGUCCCUGCAUUUAUUCGACAAUGGUUGAACGAGACGAAUAAUCGUAGACGCCGCUGUCUACGCAAACCAACGAAAAGUUACGUCUUUUACUGCAAAAGUUAGUACUAGUACGUUUUAUAGAAAAAUUACGUCUCAUGUUCGUUGAUUUGCGUAGUCAAUCGACUUAACAUCGACGGUACGCUACGCUACAUUAGUAUUUGCAGCGGAACAGAGGAUUAUUUUAAUAAUUUUAUAUAAUACAACCGCACUAAACCAUUCGCACUACAUAGAACGCUUGAAGUGCUAUGUAGCGUCACGAAACGUCCAUAAUGAACGAAAAAACUUCGCUACGACUUGAGCGAAAACUUAGCACAACGUAAAGGCGAGGAUAGUAGAAUUAUUGUCUUGUCGCAUAUUUCGUUCUGCUACAAUUUCGCCUGUUGAAGAAGAGAAUACCCAGUCAUUUCAAAGGUUAGGUAGGAAGAGGAAUUUGGGUUUUAAGUCGUAGCCAUAAGGUUGUAAAAAUAUUAACAAACGUUAUUAUGUACAGUAAACUUACACAGCAUCAUAUAAUCCUUACAAAUAGUAAAUGUUAAGUACUACACUUUCGGUACGAAAAUUUAGAUUUAAAGAAUUUUAAUGAAUCGAUAAAUUUCAGGACCAAAGCAUUAUUUCGGCUUUUGCUAUCUAGGGGCAUAUAACGCGAUCAUAUAAACUUUGCCCCGUAUAAUUAUUUAUAAAUUAUAUUAAUUGUUGCAUAUAAUCGUUAAUGGUAUGCGAGUUAGUAUAAAGCUUAGUUAAAAAGCCAUGUUUCAGUUUAUUUAAAAUGUGAGUUUGGUCGAACCGGCAGACCGGUUGUAUUAGAACCGAGUCCAGGAUUAUAUAGUGAUUUUAUUGUACUUUGGUCGCCUUCCAUUUUUAUUAAUCAACUAGUUCUGAACAGAUUCUUAACCAUGUGGUUUUUGGAUUACAAUUGAUAACCGACAUAUGACACUUAAUCUCUCACUUAUGUCAGAUGCAAAGGAAUGGGAUUAAUAGGUGAUAGACAUUAUUAAAAGAAAAAAAGGUGAUCAUCUGCAUGAAGAUGUCUACUCAUGAGGAAUUUCUUUUCAAAAGGGCUUAUUUCUUUAUGAAAAGCACUUUUUUUAAAGGACUCCUCACAUGCUUAAUUAUAUUACUUGCAUGACAUUAUUAGCCAAUUGAUGGAUUUAAAUUGUACUUCUUCGAGUUCUUUGAACUAGUUCAGAAGAACGAAAUACUUGGCUACCAAAGGACUAAUAAAACGUUCUUCAAAAAUUGCGUCUUGUAAGGUUACCGUGUCAUAUUAUCAUAACGCUACAUAAAAUAAUUAAGAGAUUAUUGAACACUGAUAUUGCGAAUAUAAAGACACCAUUUCAAAAACAAAUUACACUUUUACUGCAAACUACUCUCAUUACAUAUCAAUUUUUGGUACCGCAAUGUUUGAUCUCUGCAUUCAAUUUGUUACAGCCCUACCUGCAUCGGAAAAAUGGUCACACUUUGUAAAUUAUUGCUAGUCCUUCGGACUUUUUCGUAUAAAGCUAUUUAUUUAAAAACCUACGCGUUCGUAAAUUAAAUGUGCACAGUAAACGAGAGGGGAAAUUCAUUAUUACAUACGUGGUAUGAAUUUGACAGAGUAUAUUGUAAAUAUGAAACGUUUAUGUAAUAGUUUUAUUUCUAAUCUGCCAACAGCCGCGUGUUAAUAGCAUUGAGCCGUCAAUUAUACAUGCAAUUCUUAUAUUCCUUGAAAUAACAUUUCUUUAAUGAAUAAAAUACGAAGUCGUAGGUGAAUGUAGACUGUAACGAUGACUAUUUUUUAUCGCUCGAUGGAUAACCAUCAAACUAAUUUAUACACGAAAUAAAGUGAAAAAAUAGAUUUACCUAUUGGCAAGUUGUGUAAAAUAAAUAAGCUUACUAUACAUAAUGCUAUUAUUAUGAUGUCACUAGUUAAGUAAGCAAUAUAAAUAUAAGGUAAAUACGA